AUGGAUAAAAUCCCAACUUCUGAUGAUCUAGCUAAAAGGGGGGUUGUGGUCGGGGAUAGGUUAUGCCCGUUUUGCAAGGACGAGGCCGGGUCGCUGGAGCACCUUUUUACUUCCUGCUACUUCUCCGUGGUUUUGUGGCAGAAGAUUAGUCAGUGGUGCCGUAUUCCCCCGAUCUUUGCUUUUUCUUUUAGAGAUUUGUUGGAGAUUCACAAAGCGGGAUUCAUUAAAGCGGCGAAUAGGCUGGCCAUUCAAGGAAUUAUUAUUGUCUCCGGUUGGUGCUUAUGGCAGGCUUGGAACAAGGUCAUUUUUUCGGAGAUUGAGGCCAAAGUGGAAAAGGCAUAG